ACACGAGAGGAUGUCAGCGCCAGCUAAAAUAAGUUUUACAGUACGAAGCAUACUGGAUCUUCCAGAACAAGAGUCUGAAUCUACCCAGAGCCAUUCACCCGAAAGCUACUCCAGUUUAACUUAUGCUGAAUGGCUAGAGGUUGAGAGAAGCCACUGCUUGUCAUCUGAUGAAAGCGGCUCGGAAACCUUACCAGACUCAACUCAAAGAUCGGAUGCUUCUCCCGGGACAGACACAGAGGAAAAGAAAAAGAAGAGACGCGUGCUUUUUUCCAAAGCGCAAACUUUCGAACUGGAGAGGCGCUUCAGACAACAACGCUACUUGUCCGCUCCUGAAAGAGAGCAACUGGCUCACGUCCUCAGUUUAACGCCAACGCAGGUCAAAAUAUGGUUUCAGAACCACAGGUACAAGAUGAAGAGGGCGAGAACGGAGGGCCAAGCAGAUGUGCAGCAGCAGUCUCCCAUGCUGAGGAGGGUGGUGGUACCAGUUCUGGUCAGAGACGGGAAACCUUGUCACACGUGUGUCAUCAGUCCGGUGCAGUUCCAGGAGAAGCCCGGGUGCGGUGUGCCGUCAGCUGCCUCCUCUUCGCCUUUCGCUCUGCACAGCUAUCACCCCUUGCAGCACCCGCUCUUUGGCACCUACCAGCACUUAGCACAUCCUAAUGCGAGCAGACAUCACUGGACUUGGUGACUGUCAAACUUUUGCGCUUGAACUACAAAUAAAAAGACUUGGAGGAUCAUUCCCGUGGUCCUGAUGUUUAUUUACUUUCGUUCGAUAACUGCUUCCCUCCUUGGUCUGAUCCAAAAUUAGACACCCUGAAUAAGAACAUUGGAUCGAGAGGAAAUAAAGGCACUGCGAUACGACUUUGUUUGUUAAAACAGCAUUUUCUUUACCACUUAAAGCAAAAGUAUGGGUAAUUCUGAUGCUAUACUUUGUAAGCAAAAAUGUUGAAUAUUAAAGAUUUAGUUCUUUGGAAAUGCUUAUUUUUAUACAUACAUGUUUAGAUUACAGAUUAAUGAUUAAUAACCCCUAUACAAAUGUAAGGAUUGUGUAAAAGUGAAGAUGGGCAGUUUUUAGAUUAAUAAAACGAGUAGAAUAACUUUACGUGUUAUUUUAACUAAACGUGUUUGUUAGAGAAUAUGCUAGCGAGAUAGACUCUGAUUUUAAAAGGUUAAAAAUGUUGAUUUACAAGUUAAAGAAAAUACAAGCUAAUCAUUUUAGAAAUCCUUCCAUUUCUAAAUUUAACAA